AUGGGAGAUUUUAAUGCAAAAGUGGGAGCAACAAGACAUGGAGACAUAGUAUUAGUACGUCCAUAUGUACUGGGAACCAGAAAUGGAAGAGGAGAAAAACUGAUAGAAUGCGCCAUCCUGAAUGACAUGAUUAUUGGAAACACUUGGUAUGAAGAACAACCAAGAAGAUUAUGGACCUGGAAGAGUCCUGGGGACAGCACUGGCAACCAGAUCGACUAUAUCGUGAUCAAGAAAAGAUACAAAAACGGAAUGCUAAAUGUCAAAACGCGGCCAGGAGCAGACUGUUACAGUGACCAUGGCAUUUAUGGAGAGUCUGAAGACGUGGCUGAGAUAAUUGCGUUCUACGCGUCAGAUGCUGCAAAACUGACCACUGGGGAUCGCAACAUCAUAGAUGCUGGACUCACUCUGCCAAUUCUCUUCAACGAGCCUAAAGUGAAGGAUCAGUGA